AUGGCAACCGUUGCAUCGAUAUUAACAGCAAUAGAUAAUAUUAUUCGACGAGUGAAUGAAGUGAAAGUGUGUCAAGAUCAUUUGAAACUGAUAACCAUUAGUUUAACUCGUCUUCGACGUGGGCUCAAUGAUCUCGUAACACCAUUAGAUGAAAGUCAUUCACAAGAAGAUCUUGCACAAAUACUAAAAGCUAUCGACGAAGUUGUUACUGGUUGUAGCGAAAAUGAAAAUUAUCUUAAUGGAAUGACUUAUCGAGAUCUCGAAUCUGUACUGCUUCGCCUUCAUUUUCGACUAGCUCAACAUGAAGCUAAUAUAACAGAUGAUUAUGAAAUCAGAGUCCAAAUACUUAGCAAUGCUUGUCAAGAACAGCAACUGCUUCUUCAAGGAUCUUAUGAUGAGACGAUGAGGCAAAGAUUAGAAGCUAUUGAACAAUCUACCAAAAAAAACAUUAUAGAACAACUUCAUGUCUUACGUGAAAAAUAUCUCAAAACGAUUGAAUCCUAUCUUCACACUUGUAUUGAAUUACAUAAAAGUGAAAAUCCUGCUGGUCUCACUGGCGAUAUUAUUGCCAAAGUGAUUCAUAAUUCCUAUCAAAUCUCUUACAAAGAACGAAUGACAUUAGAACAUAAAUGGCGAUCAUGUAAACUUCCUCUCACACGUACAUUCAUUCAACUCAAACCUGAUAAAUCUACAUCAUUCGAAAGAAAUGAAUCACGACAAUUGCUUAUGGAACAUGAAGGAAAUAUGUUAAACAGUACUCACAGUAAAAAAGAAUCAUCUAAAAGAAUAUGGGAACAACUAAUGUCAACUCCUUACAUGAUGUCGAUGGUGGCAAAAAAUCGCUCUCCGAAAGAAGACAAUGCCACUGUGGAAAAUAUUAUUAGAUCAAAACGUUGGAUUGUUAUUUUGGGUGAUCCAGGAAGUGGAAAAACAAGUUUUGCUCGAUGGCUUGUUCAUCAUCUGGCUCAAACAUUGCUUCUCAACGGACCAGAUUCCACUGAGUAUGGUCCUCUUCGUAUACCAAUUAUGAUUCGUAUUGGUGAGUUUGCUGAAAUAUUGAAAGAACAACCAUCAAUCACUCUAUUUGAUUAUAUCGGAAAACACAAAUGGAUGGGCAAAUCAAUUGUUGAUGAUUCAUUGAUCUCCUCUGAUAAUAUAUCAUGUGCUCUUCAAGAUUAUAUUAAACAAGGUCAAGCUCUAAUCAUACUUGAUGGUCUUGAUGAGAUUCCUGUUUCAGACCAACGUUCAAAAAUCAUUAAUAUUGUGGAAAAUUUUGUUGAUACUUAUGUUCAGAUACCCACAGGUGUUUCUGUCUUUGACAAUGUAUAUGUGAGUAAGUUAUUUGAUGAUCCAUCUCAAUUAGGAGGUAAUCAAUUGAUUGUUACAAGUCGUAUAGUCAGUUAUCAUGCUGCUCCAUUAGCGGGACAAUUUGCUCAUUACAUAAUUCAACCUAUGAAUGUGGAAAAUAUUAAAGAUUUUAUUGAUUAUUGGUUUAUUCGUUUAUAUCAACGUGUAAUUGAGAUUUUAGGUCUUCCAUUAGUUAAUCAAGGAGAGAAUCAUAGUGAAGCACUGAAGAAAGAAUUAGAAAAAACUAAAAAUGUUGGUCUUCUUGAUAUGGCUUCGAAUCCUGGCUUACUAUCAUCUAUUUGCACUAUAUAUUUUAGUCAAUUAAAUGGUUCAUCUCUACCUACUCAACGCAUACUUCUAUAUGAAUUAAUUGUCAAAUCAGUGUUACGUUUAUGGCAUAGUAAAAUACCGACUAUUGAUACAUCACAAAUAAAUCGAAUUCUUACUGAUAUUGCUUUUCAUAUCCAUCAAAAUUCAGCAUCGAAUUUCAUUGCCAAUGAAGAAAUAAAAGAAGUCUGUGUUCAAACGAUCCAAGCUUCCAUAAAUAAAACAUUACUAACAACAGAAGACAUGUAUGAUAUCGAAAGGCAAGCAUCUGAAAUGGCACAAGUCAUUCGUGAUGAUGUUGGUAUAUUAACGUCACAAGGUGAAUCAUUCUAUGGUUUUCUUCAUUCAUCAUUUCAAGAAUACUUCACUUGUUUGAAACUCAUCGAGGUAGAUACUCCAAGACAAAGAAGAUUCACUACUGAUGAAUUGGAUCGAGAAAGCAAAAUUCAACUUAUCGCUCAAUCAUUGUGUCGUCACACAAAUGAUCUACGAUUUCGAGAACCGAUUGUACUUGCUUUCAGCAAAAUUAGUUCUUCUUGGUCUCAAAAUGAUUUUAACGAUCUCUGCUAUGAAUAUAUGCAAACACAAGACAAAGAUAAUUCUCUGUUACCACUUGGAACUUAUAUAUUCAUUAAUUGUGUCCAUGAUUUUAUUAAUUAUCCUUCAAAUGAAAUUUUGUUCAAUGCUUUAGAUCGUUUAAUAAUCGCAGCUGGUCAACAUAAAUGGUCGAUUGUCUGCCCGUUUCUAUUCGAUCAAAUUACAAACACAUUGAGAAAAUUUCCACAUGAGAUUGUUUCACAAUGGAUUAACAAAUUAUUAUCUCAAUCUUCUCAAUAUGAUAUUCAAACUAUAACAGCUCUUUGUCAUCUUCUCGAAGGAAAACCUCAUGAAUUUGAAAAUAUUCAAUGGCUCGAUCAAUCAUCUUGCUCAAUGUUUCAAUCUUUGUCAAUACUUGAUAAUGAAAAUAAUGGAUAUGCUAUCGAUCGACUAUUAAUUAAAAUUACUUUCUCAAAUCAUCAAUUACUACCUUCCAAUCCAACUACUUUCAAAGGGUUCUUACUUGAUAAAAACAUUGAUAUGACUUCAAUUCCUAUGGUCCUCUUUCCUUUAAUCAUUACUUUAUAUGGUGGUUUAAAACGAGAUGGUCAAACUGUUGUCUUCGACCCAUUACAUAUUCAUCGAGAAUCAACUGCUGUAACACCAAUUUUAAUACGUUUUCUUUCUAGAAAAGAUCAUGAUAAACAAGAUCAAGGUUUAAAAAAAUUAAAACAAGAAUGUAUAAAAUCUUUCGUGAUGCGAAUGGAAAAUCAUGAUGAAUCUUCGGAAGCAGUUGAUUUGUGCCUUGCAACUAUCUGCUUCUACAACAUUGAAUAUGUACAAGAAAAUUUGAAAACUAUCUCUAGUUCUCUAUUACAUAUGAGUAUGAAUAGAUUAAAAUAUAUUUCAAUGAUUUUACGUCAAUUUUAUUUUGCUGCUGAUGAAAAUGAUCAAUUUAUCGAAAAUGAAACAACAAAAUUUAUUUCAACUACUAUCGAAAAAUUUCAGUAUGUUGAAUCAGCAAGAAUACAUUUUUUGAAUUGGUUAGAUUCUCUAAGAAGUAGUGUAGCUCGCUUACGAUCUUCUUCAACAUCAAUUUUGUUGGAAGGAGAAUCAAGCCCUGAUAGGCGAGUAACAUUAACCUUGCCUAAUUCUCUUCGAAACGAGGAUAAAUUUCUCAAUGGUCUUUUAUCAACAGAUGUACAAUUUUAUACUGAUCAAAAAUCUUGCUCGAUAUUGCAUCAUUUCACCAAACUUUUCUGGCUAUUAGAACAUAAUGAUGAGUUCAAUACACAAUACAGAAUGGCAGUUGCUAUGAAUAAAAUACCAGAAUAUUUGUAUUUUCGCAGCGAUGAAGAUCUUUUGUUUCCGUUAACAUUUGUUCCUUUACAUCUACGAAAUCUUUAUGUUCGAUUAUUGAAAGGAAAUUUUGUUAUGAUCAAUCCAAAAGAUUCCAUGGUCAAUAAUAGACAACAUCUUUAUUUUGGUCAUAUUUUAAUUGAAUGUUUGAUGUUUUUAUCAAAUGCAUCGUGUAAGAGACUGUCUAUUAGUGGUGCUUUAAUUACUCUGCUACCUUGGCUUCGAAUGCAACAAUUAGAAAAUUUUGGUAGUAGUCUUCUGUGGACGUUAUCUAUAAAAGAUUCUGAAGCUUUGGGCACGUUUGAAAUAAAAAAACAAUGUUCAAUGAAUUAUGAAACUGGUCAAUAUACAGAUACAGAUACAGAUGAAAAUCCUUUUGUUGGAACUGAUCUAAUAGAUGAACAACGGCAAACAGUAAUCCAAGAUAAUAUUGAACAAGAAUAUGAAAGGCUUCAAAAUGCUUCAAUUGAAAAUGAUCAAGCCAACAUAAAACUUUAUUCUGCAUCAAUCUCUUUGGCACAUGUUUGUCAUUGGACUGAAGAUGAAAGAAAAUUAUCUUUAUUAGAACAAAGUAUACAUGGAGCUAUGUCAAUUCAGAACAAACUUGCUCGCCUGGAUGCAUUAUGUAUAAUUGCUUUGUAUUCUUAUUCCGAUUAUGAUCGAAUUAAAGUAGAUAGAGAUAGAUCUCUAGAAAAAGAAAUUGAGCAACAGUUCAAUGAAAUUUAUCCAAAUCUACCUCUUCUAUUACAAACAGCUAUUUUUAUUCGAUGUUUACCUUUACUUCACCAGUCACAAGCAAUUGAUAAUUGUUUACAAAAUCUCUUUGAUAAAUUUGCUACUACAGAUCUACGAGAUCAACAAGCAGUCAUUGAAGCACUGUUACCAUACAUGCAAUUAAAUUAUACUUUUUCAUCUAUUACAAAUUGUUUUUCAUUUAAUUUACAAGAUCAAAACAAAACAAUAUAUAAUAAAUCUUCUUUACUAAAGAAAUAUUUUAAUAUUGAUCCACAUGAAAAUUUAUCGUUGUCAUUAUUUAUUUCUAAUUUGUAUCUUAUGGAAUUAGUUCAUGAUUUUUAUGAAACUAUUAAAAUUGACAAUCGUCAAUUUAUUAUUGAAGAAUCGAUUACAACCAAGUUAUUUCAAUUCGAAAAUUGUAUCUUGACAGAAGCACAAGCAUUAACAAUAACUAAGAUACUUUCAUGUGCUUCGUCAACAGAUCGAUCUAAAUCGUUAGACAAACUUUGGAUUAUUUUAAACAAUGCUCUUCAUCAUAUGAAUUGGGUAGAAUUUAAAGCAUGUCGUCUGUUAGAAUCUUGGCUGAAAUGGAAAGAUUCAAAUGAAUUAUCUUCAUUUGCUUAUCAUGCUGCACUUCUUCUAAUUAAUUCUGAUCUAUGGUCUGUCGAAGCUACAACAAUUGUAUGUAAUCUUUUAUGCAGUGACAAUGAUCGUUUUCGUCAGAGAGCUGAAAUUAUGUUUCACUCAGUAAGUGACAACAAUGUUCGGGCAAGUUCGAAAUUGGGUAUUGAUGUUUUAUUAACUUUGAUAAAGAAAAAAGUUCACUAUCAAUUAACUUCAGCAUCUGCCAAACUUACAUUAAAUCGAAUGCUCGGAAAUAUAACUCUAGAUAUUCAAUCUCAUCUAGAAACAUUACUUUGGCUAGAAAGAUAUAGAAUUCAUGCAUUGAAUAAUAAGGAAUAUUCUUUUAACGAAUCAAAAUCGAGAAGAAAUACUUAUAUAACUUCGUUUCUUUCAAAUGACAUAGCGAUAGAUGCAUGCUCCUUUAUUAAUGUGUCUCGAUUGUCUGAUGACCUGAUAAUAUAUUUGUGUGAUAUGAUUGCAUCAAAUUUAUUUUCAUUUUGGGAAAUCGAUGGAGAUACAACAUCAAAUCAAGUUUGUGAAAGUCAUGUUCGAUUUGUUGUUUCUGUAAUUUUAACUUUACACAAUUUAUUGAACAAUACUGAUGAAACACGCCAAGUAGCAGUUGCUGCUCUUAUGAAUUUAUUCGAAAUAUCCGAAAACAAUGAAAUUCGUCAAGCAGUAGCAUAUGCUCUUGGAUAUGUAUGUAAUGAACAAACAUAUAAAAGCUUGUUUGAAAAAAUUAUAUUAGUGAUGAAUAGCUUAUGUCAAGAGACUUCUACCUAUUCUAAUACUAUUUUGAGUGCAUUGAUUUCAAGUUAUUCCUAUUGUGUAUAUAUAAAUAAAAUCACAUUUGAUCAAGAUGAUUUGGAUUUAUUUUGUACUUUGCUACAACAUCAUUCGUCGGAUAUUUCAAAAGCCGCUUGUACUGGAUUUGGUCGUGUUUUGAAAGAUACAUCAUUUCUACUUGAAAUGCUUAGCUUUGAUUAUAUUCAAUGUUAUCAUGCAUUGAUUGGAUCGACUGCAUGUCUAUAUCUUUACGAUGUUCAACAAAACAGUGAAAAUACUGUCGCAAAUUUUAUUGAAGAACAUCCUAUUCUUUUGUCAAUAUUUAUCGUCGACUUAUACAAUAGCAUUCGUCACUUUACUACUAAAGUAUUACCGAUGGAAAACAUAGAUUUUGAUUUAGCUUAUGGAUAUCCUCAAUAUGUGAAAAUCGCUCAUUUAAUUGCUUUGCGAAUGCCGAUAGUAUUUUGUGCUUUUGUCAACGAUUGGCCCGAUGGAAAUAAUUUGAAACGCGCAUUGUUUUAUACCAGUAAACAACAUAAUUUUCCACAACGUGCUGCUUGCUUAAUAAUUCUAUCAUUAUUUGGCGACUUAACAGUCAACUUAUGUGAGAUGUUCAUCGAAGCUGUACGUGAUGAUCCAUAUAUUCAAAAUACUUGUUAUAAAUGUAUUGUACAUAUUCAUUCUAUUAAAGAUGAAAGUACUGUUCUAAAUCUUUUAUUUUCUAAUUUAAAAUCCAAAUCAAUGACUAUUCGAUAUGUUACAGCUAAAAUACUUCUUCAUCUUUCUCAAUCAUUUCUUAUACCAUCUAAACAAGUUCAAACAGCAUUGAAUAAUCUUAUAUUAGAUCCGAGUUCAAAUGAAGAUCUAUGGCUAAUUGAAGAGCAAGAUAAUUUUUUGGCUAAAUGUGAAUAUUAUUAUGCUGGUCCAUUGAAAGAUGUUAUUUAUUCACUUCUGAUUCAAAAUGCAACUGGAGAUAAAAAUGAUAAUCUUCGAAGAAAUGAAUACAACGAUAUUGAUUUGAAUUUCAUUGAAUCUAGAAAGGUGUCCCGCUUCGCUUCAUGUCUUUAUGAAGCAAACACUGAAGAAAACAGCGAAUAA